AUGAAUUAUGAAAAUAGGGAUGAAGAAAAUUCUUUACCUAAAUCAACUGUUGAUAGAUUUGUCAAUAAUUGCUUACCAAAGCAGAUUACGGUGUCUAAAGACGCUAAAGAAAUGUUUUCGAAUUGUAUAAUAGAAUUUCUAAAAAUGAUCUCGCUUAAAGCAACUACAAUUUGUGAAAAAGAAAAAAAGAAAACUAUUGCUUUUGAACACUUAAUAAAAGCACUGGAGGAAAAGGGAUUUGCUGAAUAUGUAAAAACAUGUAAAGAAGCGCAAUUUAAUUAUGAAAAUUAUGUUAAAGCCAAACCUUCAAAAAUUAAUAAAUUUAAAACGUCUGGAUUGUCUUUGGAAGAGUUACAUAAUCAACAAUUGGAAUUGUUUAAAAAUGCUAAGCAAGAAUUUGAUAAAACUAUGAACGGAAAUGAAGAGACAGAAAUACAAAAUAAAUCAUUGUAA